CAUAAUUGACACUUCGACGCUCGACACUCGACAGUAGUGGAAAUAAUGCGAGUAAGGUUGGAUAUAGUUUUGUUUUUUAAUUUCCUGUGCGUGCAGUGUUCAUUACGAAAAGAUCAGCAAUAUUGGAAAGAUUUGGCUGCUGCUGAGCUAGAGGAAGCUCUGCAAGUGAAAUGGAAUCUGGGAGUAGCGAAGAAUGUGAUUCUCUUCAUCGGGGAUGGAAUGGGCCCCAAUACUGUCACAGCUACCAGGAUACAUAAGGGAGGAGAGACUCAUCGACUGGCUUACGAGUUGUUUCCACACAUGGGAAUGUUGAAGACAUACUGCGCUGACAAGAUGGUCCCAGACUCGGCGUCAACAUCCACAGCUCUGCUUACGGGCGUGAAAGCUAAUUACAAUACCGUCGGAGUAGACGCGACUGUCGCCCGAGGAAACUGUUCAGCAUCUCUAGACCCUGACGCGAGGGUCGAAUCAUUGGCGGCUUUGGCACUAAAAGCCGGGAAGCGAGCAGGUUUCGUAACAACAAUGCGAGUGACCCACGCGACGCCGAGCCCGAUGUACGCUCACAGCGCUGCGAGGCAGUGGGAGUGUGACGCUGCCAUUCCACUCGGAGCCGAGGACUGUAAGGAUAUCGGCAGGCAGCUGGUUGAAGAUUGGCCAGGGCGGGAUCUUCAUGUGAUUCUUGGUGGCGGUAGACAGAGCUUAAUACAAAACGCAACUGGGACUCCAUCUGAUCCUAUCAGCGCAUGGGCUUGCUCCAGGCGUGAUGGAAGAAACCUUAUCCAGGAGUACAUAAAGAAUAAACAAACCAGAAAUCUAAAUUAUAAAGUGGUGUCGACUACAGGCGAACUGGAGAGUGUUGGUUCAGAAACAGAUUAUCUUUUAGGGAUUUUUUCGAACGCCCACUUACCGUACGAAUUUGAAAGACAAACAGGGCCAGAGGGUUCUCCAUCCAUCGCUGAAAUGACCGAGGCGGCAAUCAAAGUGUUGCAAAAGGGUGAAAAGGGCUUCUUCCUAAUGGUUGAAGGCGGCAACAUAGAUAUGGGCCACCACAGGGGCCGAGCCAGAACGGCAGUAGACGAGUCAGCUGCCAUGGAGGAAGCUGUAAAGGUAGCAGUGAACAUGACUGAUGAUAAGGACACUUUGAUCGUUGUAACUGCAGAUCAUACUCAUACCAUGACCAUCAACGGUUAUCCUGAAAGGGGGAGUGAUAUAUUUGGUGUUAUAGGUCCGUCCAAACAUGAUGGUAUAAACUACACAGCCAUUGCGUACGGUACCGGAGGCCCUGGCUCCAUCAAAUAUGAUGUCCGCGAGAUUGACAAUAAGGCCACAUUGGUCAGACGAAGUCCAGAUCAAGAAGACACCACAAGCUUUACGUACGAGCAAAUUGCGGCUAUACCACUUGACGAGAAUAGUCACGGAGGAGGCGAUGUUACCAUUUAUGCCAAAGGACCACAUGCCCAUCUAUUCCACACAGUCCACGAACAAAACUAUGUUUUUUACGUCAUUUCUUACGCAGCGAAACUUGGAGUAUUUUCAGCAGCACCUACGCUUACUUCUCAUAUUAUCAUGUAUAUAAUAGCACUGCUACUAGUCAUAUUGAGUAUUUAUUAAUAAAGCAAUAAACAAAAAUAGACUUUUA